GUUAGUUCCGAAACAGAUCGAAUCUCCCUAUACAAAGGGCGUUAAACAUUUCCCAAAUCAAGUCCAACGUAGUCCGAUCCUUUCAUAUUUAAUUCAAUGAGUUUUAUAGACGAAAAUAAUUCAAGCUGUCUGCAUAGGGUCUGUAAGUCUCGUCAUGUGAUUGCCGAGAUUUAGCGAGAUUUUUAACUUCCGGGUACAUCAACUUCUCAGAUUGUACUGUGUAGAGAGUGAUAUACAUAGAUAUAGCGUUAUCAAUCGAUUAUGUGGAGGUUUUAACGAGAUAAACAUGGGAAUUGAAGCAAUAGUGGAAUCGUCGAUGAUUCUUCGCUUCGUGUUUGAAGAAUUACGUGAAAUAACCGCCAGUGUACAGGAGUCGAAUAGGGUACAUCUUGCAGAUAAAGUGCAGAUUUGUAAAACGCCAUCUUGUCGUCCUGACGUUACAUGGUGUCAGACGUUAAAAGCGAGGAUUUAUGGAGCAACAAAAGCCUCCUAACCAUCUUUCGAUGGAGGGGAAUCUCGCAGAAAACUGGAAAGAAUGGAUUCAAGGAUUUGAACUCUACUUCACAGCAACGGGAAUAGGCGAAAAAGACGAGAAAGUCCAGGUCGGAACCUUCCUACACGUGGCCGGCAUCGAGGCACGCCGCGUCUACAAUACCUUUGGAAUCACAGGUGAUGUUCACAAAAUAGAAGUACUCAAAACAAAGUUCAAAGAAUAUUGUGAGCCCCGAAAGAACUUAACAUAUAUUAGACAUGUGGUUUUUUUUUUUUUUGUUUUUUUUUUUUUUACAUGCAAUCAAGGUCACGAUGAGCCCACUGACAAUUAUGUGACAGACUUGAGGAAUAAGUCACAACCGUGUGAAUUCGGUAAUUUAGCAGAUGGAUUAAUUAGAGAUAUGAUAGUGUGCGGAAUUCAAGAUGAAGCGUGUCGUGCAGGUCUACUCAGAAAAUCGGAUUUGACAUUGGCAAAAGCAAUCGAUGUGUGCAGAGCUCAAGAAAUGAGUACGAAACGGCUUAAAUCUCUGAAAAGAUCCGAAGAGCAAGCGAUAGCAGCAAUACGUAAGUCACACUGUACUAGAAAAUUCAGCUCACAAAAGACCACUAAACAUGAUAAACAAAGAACAGAUAAUCAAAGGCCGGAAAGUACUACAGGGAAGCCAUGUCUUAAUUGUGGAAGGAAACACAUGGUAGGUGACUGUCCCGCUUAUGGCAAAACUUGUCAUGUGUGCCAGAAGAAAAACCAUUUUGCUAAGUGUUGUUUGUGUAAACAGUCUAACUCUGCAAAGAAAAUUCACACCGUAGGAGUCCCACCGAAUGCAGAUUCUGACGCGGAUACUGAACUUUUCAUUGGAACUCUACUUGUUAACAAAGUCGAACAAGACAGAAGUGAUUGCGUUGACAAUCAAUGACCGCAAGGUAGAAUUCAAGUUGGACACAGGCGCUCAAGGAAACAUUAAUCCAAAACAUGUGUUUGAUCAGUUGGAAUUAGAUGAUCAUCAGCUUAAAAACACUAAAAUCAGAUUAGUGGCAUAUGGUGGACACAAAAUCAAACCGGAAGGCACCAAGAUUCUGGAAUGAUCAGUGCGUGGCCGAAAGUAUGACUUACACCAUUUUUCAUUGUCGAUACAAAUGCACAGGCAAUACUGGGUAAGAAUGCAUGUACAGAAAUUGGAUCGAUUGUGCGGGUUCAUUCUGUGAAAAAUGAGUUGACAAAGGACAAUGUACUGAAAACAUAUGAUGAUGUUUUCAAAGGACUUGGUGAACUUCCAGGGAAACAAAAUAUCAAUAUCGAUGAAACCAUACAUGUAACUUCAGUGAUACACCCACCGCGUAAAGUCCCUGCAGUACUUCAGGACAAAGUAAGAACAGAACUUGACAGAAUGGAAACGUUAGGGGUUAUCACGAAGCAAGACGAACCAACGGAUUGGGUUCAUAGUCAGGUGACAGUGCGCAAACCUAACAAGUUAAGACUUUGCAUUGAUCCAAAGGACUUGAACCGUGCGAUCAAGAGAGAACAUUACCACUUACAAACAGUCGAUCGAAAAGCUCCCGCAAGCUGAAGUAUUCUCCAAGCACGGGUUUUGGCAUGUCAAACUUGAUGAGCCCAGUUCAAAGUUAUUGACAUUUAAUACUCCGUUUGGGCGGUAUAGAUACAUGUGUUUGCCCCUCGGAAUCAGUUCUGCGCCGGAAGUGUUUUCUAAACGAGUUCAAGAGAUGUUCUCCGAUUUGUCGGGCGUGGAAUGCAUUUUUAUAAUGACAUCCUUGUUUGGGGAGAGACUACUGCAGAACAUGACUCUCGCGUACAACAGAUGUUACAACGGUGUCGCGAAAUGAACUUUAAGCUAAAUAAGAACAAAGUGGAAUUUCGGGUACCGGAAGUUAGGUAUGUAGGACAUUUGAUAACAAACAAUGGCAUCAAAGUAGACCCCGAGAAAGACCGUGCAAUAGUGGAGAUGCCACCACCUGAUGACGUAUCAGGAGUUAAGCGCGUUUUAGGCGUUGUUCAGUAUGUGUCGAAGUUCAUUUCGAACUUGUCGGAUGUGACCGCUCCACUUCGUAUACUUCUACAACAAGACGUAGAAUGGCACUGGGAUGCGCCCCAGCAGGAAAGUUUUGACAGACUCAAACAGUUAGUAUCUAGUACCCCUGUACUACGUAUUUAUGAUGUACGUAAGCCAAUAAGGAUUUCAGGAGAUGCAAGCUCGAAGGGAUUAGGUGUUGUACUUCUUCAAGAUGGACACCCGUUAGCAUACGGUUCGCGGGCGUUAACGGAAACACAGAAGCUUUAUGCUCAGAUCGAACGCGAGAUGCUGGCGAUUGUAUACGGAUGCGAGAAGUUCCAUCAUUACACAUAUGGACGAAGCGUGACCGUAGAAACGGACCACAAACCCCUUGUCGCAAUCUACAACAAGCCAUUGUACCGCGCGACUCCUAGACUUCAACGCAUGCUCAUGAGAUUACAGUGAUAUGAUCUCAAGCUAGUAUACGUACCAGAUAAGGAGAUGCACAUCUCAGAUGCACUGAGUCAGUCGUGCCUGAAAGAAACCCCCGAGAUUCUUGUUGAUGACGAGAUAGACGUUGAUUGGAUUGAGGCACAACUUCCGGUAUCACCAACAAAACUGCAACAGCUCAAAGAAGCAACUGCUGCUGACGAAACACUACAAACAUUGAAAAAUACCGUGUUGGUUGGUUGGCCGAUCGACCAAUCAAAUGUUCCAUUGAAUAUUAUUCAAUUUUGGAAUUAUCGUGAUGAAAUUACUGCAAUAGAUGGACUCCUAUAUAAAGGUCAACGACUGAUGAUACCUACCAGCUUGAAAACAGAGAUGUUGAACAAGCUACGUGAAGCUCACGUGGGCAUUGUGAAAACACAGACACGAGCACGAGAAAUACUGUUUUGGCCCAAAAUGAAUCAGGACAUUGAAAACUUUAUUGGACAAUGCUCAGUGUGUAACAAGUACAGGAAUUCUAACAGCAAGGAACCAAUGGUACCACAAGAGAUACCUUCACGUCCGUGGGCCAAAGUCGCGGCAGAUAUGUUUCAAUUUAAAGGUUCGGAAUACAUUUUGUGUGUCGAUUACUAUUCCAAGUAUCCAGAGGUAGUUCGUAUGCCUACGACAACCAGUUCACAAACAAUCACUGCUUUUAAAUCUGUGUUUGCUCGUCACGGCAUCCCGAUGGAACUAUUCACGGAUAACGGACAACAGUUCUCGAGUUAUUUAUUUCGGAAGUUCGCGAGUGAUUGGGAUUUUGUUCAUACAACUUCAAGUCCCAGAUAUCCACAGUCAAACGGGCAGGCGGAAAGGUGUGUUCAAACGGUUAAGAACCUACUUAGGAAGGCUGACGAAUCAGGAGGUGACAUUUAUACGAGCCUUAUGAAUUAUCGUGCAUCACCAAUUGAUGGAAUAGGACUGUCGCAAUCUCAGCUACUCAUGAAUAGACAGCUGCGUACCAAGUUACCGAUUACAGCUAACAUGUUGAAUUCGAAAGUAGUCGAAUCCUGCAAAACACAACUUGCUGCGCGCCAAGAGAAACAGAAACACUACUAUGACCGACAAUCUUCAACGUUGCCCAUCAUGAACAGAGGUGAAAUAAUUCGUGUACAGAAAGUCUCAAAACAAUGGGAACCUGCUGUCGUAGAUCAGAAACUUUUCAACCGAUCGUAUUUAGUGCGCACAGGUGAUAACAAGCUGUAUCGCAGAAACCGCAGACAUUUACUUAAUACGGGUGAAACUAUGUUGCCAUCUGAUGCCUCAGAUGGUACCGAACCGAUGAUGGACGAGUCACCACAACCGCAUCAGGAUCAAUCUGACUCGUCGACCACUUCACCAGAGAAGCCUAAACCACAUGAACUUUCGAACGCCCUGCGUCAGGAACCAAGACCACAGCAAACAAUAUGCCUUGAAUCUGAGGAUAAAGGUGAUGUGCACUCUGAAGUCAUCAUCAACAUGGAUGUCUGAUGCCAGUAUGCCCAUAAUGGGGCAGUAUAAGUGUCAAUCUUCAUAUGACAACAAGUUUUCAAAGACAGAUAUAAGAAGGCAAAUAAAACUGAUGUAAAAUACGCCGACAGUUGGAUAAAACAUACAAAGUCGGCACAGCCAAAGGUCACAACAACAAUGGAGGAAUAAACUGCAUCCUCAUUUCUCAGGGGAACCCCUGAAAUUCUUAAUUGAGGAUAAAUCCCCAUUUUCAGCUCAAACAAUGACAAUUAAAGAGGCCUGUGCAAAUGUUGGGAUUUCCCUCAUGAAUGUGAUGCAAUGGAUGGUUCGCUGCACAUCAAAACAAAAUAUGAAUAUUGGCAUCAGAUUCAAGGACAUCAACACCUAAAAGACACCCAAUGCUGUGAUUUGCUAGUGUGGAUUCCUAUUGACACUCAAAUAGUUCACAUUGACAAAGAUGUAUUAUGGUCAACAAACAUUUUAAGCGUGAUAGAGUUUAAUUAUAAUCAGUGAUUUUUCAACAUUUUUCAAAAGGGUGCUGUGACUUUUGAAUUGGGAAAACCUAGACAUUAUUGUAAACAUGCUAAAUAUAUCAUAUCAAACAAGAAAUCAAACACAAAUUGAUCUCAUUCUUCUUUUAUUUUACAUAUUCAACUUUCUUUUCUUUAAGCUCUUAAAAUUUUCGACUAUUCUUUCUAACUUAUUUAGAACUGAUGUGUCUUUGUCAUGUUGUACAUAAACUAUUCACAUUGAACUUAUUUUUUAACACAUACGUUUUUUUGCCAGUUUUUAUUAUUGGGAAAAGUGCAAGUUGAAUUGGGAAUUGGGAAAAUAUUGGUAAAAUUUGGAAGGGGAAAGGGCCUAUAUUCGGACCUAAAAUGGGUCUUUAAAAAAUCACUGAUAAUAUUAAAGUAAUUUGCAGUCUAAAACACACACAUAAACACAUGUACAUAUACUUUAUUAUGAUAUCAGUGGUGCAUCUAUCAAAGUUAUGUAAUUACAUAUAUACUAUUGAAUAAACAUUAUAGACAGAG